AUGUGGUCCGGUUAUGAAAGGGGCAGUGGCAAGCUUGAUGCUGCCAGCAACAGUCAACAAGAAACUUUGGCCGAUAUCGAGCACAUUUCUACGAUUGCCGGUUCGCUCGGCAGCAUCGGGACCAUCUCGCAGUCCGGCGACGGAGAACCAGUUUACGAGACGGACCACACAGACCUCAACUCGGAGUAUGACGAAGUGGAGCUGCGCCGGGAACUUAUGAAGGAUAAAUGGCGUCAAUUAUUCGAUGCGUUCGAUCCCGAAGGAUUUGGCGAAAUUCCUGUGGACGACUUUGUCGCAGCACUGAAAUCACCAGAAUUUCUCGCCAACGUGCCGCCCAAUAAACGUGACAUACUGUACGAUCGCGCCCUGAAAGCCAAGACCUCCAAGGUGGAGGCGAUCUCUUUUCAAGAUUUUGUCAACGUGGUAAGUGGAGAAUGUUGUCUUUUUACCAUUGAAUUGUUGGAAUACUGA